ACCACCAUCUACCUCCCACUCCAUGGAGGCAGAGCAGCUGUAGCCGAUAAGAAAUCUCCAUUCCUCCUUCCCAAAAUCUCACCUUUACCGCUCUUCUCAAGAUCAAAUAUCGUAAGCAUGUCACUUCCCCUCUCUUCACCUCUCCCCACUACGUCUCCCACUCACUCUCCCCCUUCCUACCAGCUCCUCCACAUCAUCCCCACCUCUCUCCUCUUCCCACACCGAUCCCCUGGACAUCUGCACCGCUUUUCCCUUCCCCUCCGCCUCAGAGUUUCCCUCCAAAGCCAUCCUUUUCAGACUCAAGAGUCCUCUGAGCCCUCCUCCGACGAGAAAAGCCCAAAGCCCUUCAAGAACUCAAUCUGGAUCAACCCGAACAACCCUCGCGCCGCCGCCCUCCGCCGUAGCUCCGCCGAUUUCCGCUACGCCCGCCUUGCCCAUCUAUCCUCCUCCCUCGACCCUUCCCCUGCAGAUGUUCCCUUUCUCCUCUCCUCCCUCCCCACCACCCCAACGGAGCCAGACGCCAUCAUCAUCCUCAACAACAUGGAGAACUCCGCCGCCGCGCUCUCCGCCCUUGACUGGUUCCUGCAAAACUUAAAAUUGGAAAAAGAAGUAAUCCUCUUCAACGUCACGCUUAAAGUCCUUAGAAAGUGCAGGGCUUGGAACGACGUAGAAUGCCUUUUGACGAAAAUGCUGGAGAAGGGAAUUAAGCUUGAUAACAUCACCUUUUCUACUGUAAUUAGCUGCGCUAGGGUUUGCGAUCUCCCUGCCAAAGCGGUGGAGUGGUUCGUGAAGAUGCCAGAAUUCGGAUUGAGUCCAGAUGACGUCACUUACUCAGCCAUGAUCGAUGCUUAUGGCCGCAUGGGCAAUGUGGAGAUGGCUCUUGCUCUAUAUGAUCGUGCAAGGAAAGAAAAAUGGCUUCUUGAUCCUGUAACCUUUGCGACUGUGAUUCGAAUUUAUGGAGCUUCUGGUAAUUUCGAUGGUGCACUCAAUGUGUUUGAGGAAAUGAAAGCGCUUGGUGUGAAGCCAAAUUUGGUCACUUACAACAAGUUGUUGGAGGCCAUGGGUAGAGGUGGAAGGCCAUGGCAGGUGAAGAGCAUUUAUAAGGAGAUGGUUGGUAAUAAGAUAUUACCAAAUAGAAUUACUUAUUCGGCGCUUAUCAGAGCUUAUUCCCAAGCUCGGUAUGCCGUGGAUGCCAUUGCUGUGUAUAGGGAGAUGAGGAGACAGUCCAUGGAGCUCAAUGUGGUUCUAUAUAACAUGCUUUUGUCUAUGUGUGCUGAUGUUGGGUAUAUUGAUGAAACUGUUGAGAUUUUUGAAGAGAUGAAGGGGUUGCAGGAUGUGUGUAAGCCUGAUAGUUGGAGUUAUUCAUCUGUUAUUACAGCUUACUCUUGUGCCGGGAAUGUUGCAGAAGCUGAAAGAAUGUUGAAUGCAAUGAUGGAAGCCGGCUUCCAACCGACCAUCUUUGUACUUACCUCGAUCAUCCAGUGCUAUGGGAAGGCUAAGAGGACUAAUGAUGUUGUGAGGACCUUUGAUAGGCUAUUGGAAUUGGGCAUUUCGCCGGAUGAUAGGUUCUGCGGUUGUCUUCUGAACGUGCUGACUCAAACACCAAAGGAUGAAUUAGGAAAGGUGAUUGGAUGUAUUGAGAGAUCUAAUCCUCAGUUGGGUUCUUUUGUUAAGCUCAUGGUGGAUGAAGGAACUUCUGAUGAGCUAUUGCAGAAGGAAGCUGAACGGCUUCUUAGUAGUAUCAGUGAGGAAGUGAAAAAAGCUUAUUGUAACUGUUUGAUGGAUAUGUGUGUAAAUGUAAAUCAACUUGGCAGGGCUUCUGUGCUCCUUAACUUAGCACUUCAAGUCGGUAUAUACUCCACACUACAAUCAAAGUCAGCCACUCAGUGGUCUUUACAUGUCAGAAGUCUGUCACUUGGAGCUGCUCUUACUGCUCUGCAAGCAUGGAUGAGUGAUAUGACCAAAGCCAUGGAGGAUGGAGAACAACUGCCUCCAUUGCUUGGUAUUCAUACAGGUCAUGGAAAGCAUAAAUAUUCAGAAAGAGGGUUGGCAUCUGCAUUGCAGUCCCAUUUGAGAGAGCUGAAUGCUCCAUUUCAUGAAGCUAGUGGUAAGGUUGGAUGGUUCCUGACAACAAAUAUUGCUGCUAAAUUAUGGUUGGAAUCCAGGGCUCCAGUUGAAUUAGUUGUUGCUUAGACUGCAUCAAUUGAUGCAGGUAAUUUGCAUUUAUACCUUUACUUUUUCUUCCAUAAUUAAGUUGUGAUUGGCAUGCUAGCUUCAGCAAACCAUAUGUGUGCAACUUGAGGACUCAUUUUGUUACAUUUUCUGCUUAUUUUUUCUGUCUUGUUGUGCACUUAAAAUGAGUUUUUAUUUUUUUUA